UCCUGGUUUAAUAAUGUUGCGUUAAUAUACUGGCAGAAAGAUGUGAAAAUAACAAAAUUACAUCACGUAAAAAAUGUUAAAAUAUGCUUUCUAGUACCAGGGGUACCAAGGACCAUUUCUGCUGAUCAUCUGGUGAACAAUAUUUCCAUUCUUGAAGGCGGACAGGUUAUUUGCGGUGAAGUGGUGGAAGGGGCAGAAAGUGAUACAAAUUUGCAACGUUGGAUUUUUCAGCAAAAUACCGUACUUAAUGCAACGAAACUCAAAGAAACGCAGAUUGCCAAGAGCUGUAAUCUGUGCUUUCUGUCAAGAGAUGUAACUUAUGUUAGCAGAUAAAGCACUAAAUACUCUUCUCGAAAAAAGCCCUUUAAAGAUUUGUGGAGAAAUAAUUCAUGUUGAAGAAUAUGAGCUACCAAGAGCUACCAAGAGACGAUGAGAUGAGUGAAAACGAUGUAGUGUUUGAUGGUACGCAGACAAAGAUACUUGUGGAAGACAUUCCUGAAAGCAUUGACGAUGAUGCAUUGGAAAUGUACUUUGAAGCGAGGAAAUUAAAGUGCUGUGAGACGUCCAAUUGGUCUUAUAAAACUGCCCUCAUCAUUUAAAAAGACAAAAGGUAUCUGUUCAGAUUUAUGUUCCAAAACGCCUAGACACAAUAGUUGUAAAGGGUCCACCAGACAUUGUGAAUGAGAACUGUUUUGACUCAUUGGAAAUGUACUUUGAUAACAAGAGGAAAUGUGGAGGCGGAGGUGUCGUUGAACAGAGUACUACGUUCAGUGCAGAGGAAAAUGCUGUAUAUAUAACAUUCGAGGAGGAGGAAGUUGCACAAAGAGUUGUUAGUAAAGGAAAUCAUAAAGUACAUAGAAAAGAAAUUGAAGUAACCUUAUUAAAACCGAAACGCUCAACUAAAAGAUCGGUAUUUCGAAGGCAAACGAGCAAUUCGGAUUCCAAAGAAGUUAAACAAGAACCUGUAAAGACAAUACGUGUCCGAGGUAUGAACAAGAUAAGCAGUCGGGAAUCGGUGACCUGGUAUUUUGAAAACAAAAAGAGGGCCGGAGGAGGGGAUAUCGAGAACAGAUACACAGAUGAGGAGGACGAUGAUAUAGUCUACAUCCGGUAUAAGGAGGAAGAAGUUGCAAACGCUGUAGCAGAGCGUAAGAACCACACAGUGGAUGGAGUUGACCUUUCCGUAGCGCUGUAUACCCCACCCGUCCCUCCGCCUAGCUACUCAAACAAGAUACUGUUUAAAGGGCUGAACGAAAAAAUAACAGAAAGUGUAUUGGGACUUUUUCUCGAAGCUCGAGCUAACUGUUCCAUUGUAGAAGGGAGUCUUACCUACCAUGCAGACUGUGAUGAUAAUGCUAUAGUAACAACAGAGCAGGACAUUGACAUCGAAAGAUUGGAACUGGUUUGCAAUAGGAAGCCAUUGGAAGGCUCUUACCUCAAAGUUUCCUGUGUUCCAAUAUCAAACUGCAUCCUCGUGUCUAACAUUUCCUACAGUGCUACAAAAGACAUGAUUGAGCUGUACUUUAGAAAUUACAAUAGGAGCAACGGUGGACCUGUUAGCAAAGUCGAGAUUUUCGAAAACCAAGGCUAUUGUUUGGUUUACUUCAAUGAUUACAAAACUGUGGAUUCUGUUUUAAGUAAGGAGCAAAAGUUUGCUGGAAAUACUGUUGAAGUUAAAAGAUACAUUCAAUGUAUUGGAAGAGCAGAAGGGGACUUGGUUAAUAGAAGGUUUCGAUUACCUAAGCCCAUUUCAAUAUCUGUGAGCCAAUUGAAAAAAAGAUUCACCCAAAGCUCACAGAUUGCUAAAACUGCUCUUGAAGCACAGAUGAAAAUGUGUCAUGCAACGAUUACCUGGUCCGAAGAAACCCCAUCGGUAGAAAUAGCAUGUUCUUUAACGACUGACGUCAAAGAUUGCAUUGUUUUGGCAUCCAGCUGGCAGGACCAAGCAGAACAAAAUUUCCACGAUUUUAUGGACAACAUAUCUGAACAACAUAUGCCUGUUAUGAAGGAGUUGAUGGAGAAAACCACCUCAAAACUAUGCGAUAUUUCAUUAGAACAGCCGGAUGCUGUUGCAGUCUAUAUUUCCAAAAAAGACGGUAACAUAUCAGUUGUUGGCAUGAAACACGUUGCUGAUCCACUCAUUAGAGAGAUUGAAGGCAUUAUUAAAUCCACUUCAGAUGAAAAGGAAGAGACCUCGAACGAUGAGAUGAUUGAAGAGUUUGUAGAGUUUGAUGGUACUCAAACAAAGAUACUUGUGGAAGACAUUCCUGAAGGCAUUGACGAGGAGAUAUUAGAAAUGUACUUUGAAGCGAAGAAGCUGAAGUCAUGUGAAGUGAUUAGUGUUGAUUUUGAUGAGGAAGAUAGAAAUGCUGUGAUCGAAUUUGCGGAGCCAGGCCGUUGGUAUUUUUAA